AUGGGUGAAUCGUCAUCAAGUCCAACAAUUCAAAAUCGUUUCGCAUUAGCCUAUUAUAUUUUAAUUGCUAUUACUGGUGUACUUGGUAAUGCGACCACUAUUAUUGUAUUUGUCAGUCAACGACGUUUACGUUCAUUACGUAGUAGUUUUUUUCUCACAUGCUUGGCAAUAACCGAUUUAAUCUUUAUAUUAAUUCUUGUUAUUGCUUUACUAGAUGAGUUAAAUGUACCCGUCUUGAAUGCGAUGACAUGUCUGUUAACAAUCUACUUUAGUCAUAUUGCAUCUUUUCUAUCAUCAAAUUUUACUCUGGCAUAUACAUCUCAUCGUUUAAUUGCCGUAUUUUUCCCAAUAAAAGCGACUACAUUUUUGAAACAACGUACAAAUCGUAUACUCGCCUUUGCACUGAUUGUAUUUGCUUGCUCAUUUUAUUCACUUAGUUUUCCUGUAACAACAACAAAACCGAGAAAUAAUCAGACAUAUCUGGUACAUUGUGAAGAAGAUAAAAAUAAAGCACUACUGUUUCCCUUUCUCGUUAUUGAUACAUUUUUCACGUUUUUAUUUCCAUUUUCUGCUAUAACAAUUAUGAAUUUAGCUAUUGUUUAUAAACUGCACACAAAGUUAACUUUUAAAAAAAUGACGCUUCCUUAUCCACGCUAUCCACCUAAAAGCUCAAAUUCAUCAAAUAUAUCUUCAACAAAUGAAAAAUCAGAUACGGUUGGUGCAAGCCAGUUCAAAUUAACAUCGAUUCAUCGUCCCGCUUAUCAAUCAUUAAGUAAAAAGAAUCAUUCAAAAAUGUCAUCAAACGGAAAUAAUGAAUAUUUACAUCUAAUUCAACAACGUCCAUUUUUGACCGUAAAUCAUAAUUAUUUUAAAUCAAAUAUUCAUUCAAGUGAAGAUAAUAUUAAAAAACUACAUAAUCAGCAUCGACAACAAAAUAAUUUUCAACAAAAGUUAUCUGAUCGAACUUCCUCAAUGCGUAUACGUUCAACACAUGCACGAGCAAAUACAUCGGCUAAAACAACAAAAAUGUUAUUAGCUGCAUCAACCGUGUUUCUUGUAUUCAAUUUACCCUAUCAUUUGUUAUUAUUCUGUUUUCUAUUUUUAAAACAAUAUCCGCCAUGGUUACUAACAGCGGUUAAUAUUGCUCGACAUUGGUUUUUUGCAUCGUUCUGUGUCAAUUUUUUUGUUUAUGCUAUAUGUGGUCAAAGAUUUAGAAAUGAAGUAUUACGUUUAUUUUGCUGUGAUGGUAAGAAAUUGUUUCGUUAUAGCGGUAGUGCCAAAUCGACAGGAGAAAGAACUAAUAGUAUUUAUACAAGCAGACGAUUAUUGCCAGUUUCAUCCACUUACAUAUCCGGAACGAAUUGUUCUUAA